AUGGCAGUCCCGGAGACGACGACAGAGGCAGGCUCGAAGCCACCGACUGGUAUCAAAGUUAUUAUCGUUGGUGCAGGCUUCGGCGGCCUCACCGCCGCCAUAGAAUGCAAACGACAAGGCCAUGACCCAGUCAUCUACGAAGCCUUCCCCGAGCUUAAAGCGCUUGGCGACAUCAUCUCGUUCGGGCCUAAUGCAGGUCGCAUCUUCUACCGCUGGUCCAACGGUGCCAUAGCGCGUAAGAUGCGCGCCCUCUCCAUCGACCUGACCUCGUACGGCUUCAACAUCCACAAAUGGGACACGGGUGAGAUUGUCAUAAACCAGCGCUCUCCCAUCAAAGACGAGACUGCGCCAGUCUUUAAUGGGCACCGAGGCGAGCUGCAUGAGGUUGUGUUCCGGUAUGCGCAGGAAGUCGGGGUUCCAAUUCAUUUGGGCAAUCGGGUGGAAAGGUAUUGGGAGGAUGAGAAUGGGGCGGGAAUUGUGCUUGAGGAUGGAACCAAGAUUGUCGGAGAUGUUGUUAUUGGCAGUGAUGGUGUACGGAGCAAGGCCAGGACGCUAGUUCUGGGGUACGAAGAUAAGCCAAAGUCGUCUGGGUAUGCGGUGUGGAGAGCGUGGUUCCCAAAUAAAGAUAUGCUGGCCGAUCCCGAGACGAAGCAGUUCUGUGAGAAUGGGGAUACUUUUAAUGGGUGGAUAGGCCCCGACGUACACUUCCUCUUCUCGACUAUCAAAAAUGGCUCCGACUGCUGCUGGGUCCUCACGCAUCGAGAUGAACACGAUAUCGCAGAAUCGUGGUCAUUCCCCGGGCACCUCAAAGACGUCUACAAAGUGCUUUCAGGCUGGGAUCCCAUGUGCACUCGCAUCGUCUCCAAGACUCCGGAAUCCGUCCUGGUAGACUGGAAGCUCGUCUACCGCGACCCCCUCCCAACCUGGGUAUCCGGCUAUGGAGGCCUCGCCCCCGGCCACGGCCGGAUCUGCCUUCUCGGCGACGCUGCGCAUCCCUUCCUCCCGACAAGCGCGCAGGGUGCAACACAAGCGCUUGAAGAUGGUGUUACGCUCGCUGUUACGCUGCGGAAAGCGGGAAAAGACAACAUCAGGGGGGCGUUGAGAGCCUACCAGGAUAUCAGGUAUGAGAGAGUUAGAAAAGUGCAGAAAACGGGCGAGACGACGAGGGAUAUGUGGCAUAAAACUGAUUGGCAGAAGGUUAAGGAGAAUCCGGAGAUUAUUCAGUUUCCGAGAGAGGAUUGGAUUUUUGGAUUUGAUACGGAGGCGCACACUGAGGAGGUGGGAGAUGAAGUUAUUAGGAGGGUUUCAGCUGAGGCGUGA